CGAGUACGUGACAUAUAUACGCUGCACGAAAUAUUUAAUCCAUUAAACAAAUCACUGUGACGUUGGAUGAGCCUGAAUUAUGAUGCAACAUCGCAACUGCGCAGAAACCUUCUUUCUUGCAUCGUUUUUCAGUUAAUUUGGUUUAUUUCUCCUCUUGCACUGAACCCGAUGCACGUUGGUGUGUAACUAUUCUGCGUUAAUUACGACGUGUUUUCCUCCCACGCAGUCUGCGCCGACCCGUUCAGAGUAUACUUUUAUUCCCUCAAAUCAAUUAUGUUUUUAUUUCUUUACAUCUGAUGGCUUUUAUUCUGACAUGCACUCGUCCUGUUAAAUUUCUAACGGAUAGGGCUGCGACGACUUGUAAUGGGACUUUUAUUUGAGUGAAUUAUUGACAUUUUUCCUUUUUUUUAAUACAUAACUCUUAAUUUAUGUAAACUAAAGGGAAAAAAACAAUCUUCCAAUCAGUCAAAUGUAGUUUGUUGGAGAAAUUAUCUAUAUUAUAAAAACAAGAAAAGAACCCGAGGAGAAAAAUACAUGAUGAUUUUUUAAAUCGACUAAUAUCAGCUUUAUUAUAGUACCAGUGUUUUUCUCUUCCUGACAGCUCUUACUCUCAUUACUUUCUGCAUUUUGUAAGCUCAUGACCAUGUGGAGGGUUUCCAGGGGUAUGUUUCCUGCUGGUUUACUUUUACUGGCAGCAUUCCUGCUGCUCCCGUUUGUAAUGGCUGACCGGAUAUCUAUAGGCUGCUCUUCCCAUGCUGGGGGACCAGCUGAGAGUUUGAUGCUGGCAGAGCAGUUGUCUGUUUUUUAUUUUAUUUUUUAACAUGCCUAACAAAUCUCCACUGCCCCCUGUAUUCAUUAUGCUUCAAGAGACCUGCACAUACUAAAGGAGAUUAUACUUCAACAUAAGCAGAUCACCAAGUCUCACCAGAGGAUUUGUCUCUACGUUGAGCUGCCGGCUCCCAUCAGCUCAGUAUUGCCUCGGCCUGGCUGAGCCAUGCCGUCAGUGCCCUCGACCAAAGACGCCGGCACCAAGUCCCCCGGGUGCCCCCACGCCGCCAAGCUGCUCGCCCACAGCAACGGGGAAGGCAAACUGCGCGAGGCGUCGUUCCCGCCGAACGGGCUCGAGGAGCUGACGCUGGCGGACGCCGGAGAGCCGACCCGAACCAUCCAGAUCAACGCGAAGAGCGCCGCUGCCGAGAGGAAAUGGAUCCGGCCCGACCUCCCCAGCCGCUGCACAUGGAGCCUGGAAGAACCGGCGGCCGAGUCCCCCCACCCACAAGUCCCAAGAACCGCCGCUCCAACCAUCCUUCCAAACAUCCUCCCAAACAUCCUGCACAUGAUCGGCGACACCCCGCUGGUUCGCAUCAACAAGAUCUCCAAAGUGUAUGGACUCAAAUGCGAAUUACUGGCCAAGUGUGAGUUCUUCAAUGCCGGCGGGAGCGUCAAGGACAGGAUCAGCCUGCGGAUGGUGGAGGACGCCGAGAGAGCCGGCCUCCUCAAGCCCGGAGACACCAUUAUAGAGCCCACCUCUGGAAACACUGGGAUCGGUUUGGCUCUGGCUGCAGCUGUGAAGGGCUACCGCUGCAUCAUUGUCAUGCCUGAGAAAAUGAGCAUGGAGAAGGUGGAUGUUUUGAGGGCACUCGGAGCCGAGAUUGUACGCACGCCCACCAGCGCUCGCUUCGAUUCCCCGGAGUCUCACGUCGGCGUCGCGUGGCGCCUUAAAAACGAGAUCCCCAACUCUCACAUCCUGGACCAGUACCGCAACCCGAGCAACCCGCUGGCUCACUACGACACCACGGCGGAGGAGAUACUGGAGCAGUGCGGCGGAAAACUGGACAUGCUGGUGGCGUCCACGGGAACCGGCGGGACGAUCACGGGCAUCGCCCGCAAACUCAAAGAAAGAUGCCCCAACAUCAAAAUUGUCGGUGUUGACCCGGAAGGCUCCAUCCUAGCGGAGCCCGAGGAGAUUAACAAGACCGAUAAGACCCAGUACGAGGUGGAGGGCAUCGGGUACGACUUCAUCCCCACCGUGCUCGACAGAUCAGUAAUCGACACCUGGUACAAGUCGGACGACGACGAGUCCUUCAACAUGUCUCGCAUGCUGAUGCGAGAGGAGGGCCUGCUGUGCGGUGGCAGCUCUGGGACGGCCAUGGCGGCCGCAGUGAACGUCGCCAAAGAGCUGAAGGAGGGCCAGCGCUGUGUGGUCAUCCUGCCGGACUCCGUCCGCAACUACAUGUCCAAGUUCUUGAGCGACAAGUGGAUGGUCGAGAAGGGCUUCCUGAAUGAGGAGGACCUCAUGGUGAAGAAGCCGUGGUGGUGGAACCUGAAGCUGCAGGCUUUGAACCUGUCUGCCCCGCUCACCGUGCUGCCCACCGUCACAUGUCAGAGGACCAUCAAAAUCCUGAAUGAGAAGGGCUUUGACCAGGCGCCUGUGGUGGAUGAGGAGGGGUUAAUCCUGGGCAUGGUGACAUUAGGGAACAUGUUGGCCUGCAUUCUAGCAGGGAAAAUCAAGGUGUCAGACCCCCUCAGCAAAGUGCUCUACAAGCAGUUCAAACAGAUUCGUCUGAAUGAUAAUUUGGGAAAGUUAUCCCGCAUUCUGGAGACUGACCACUUCGCCCUGGUGGUACAUGAACAGAUCCAAUACAUGACGGACGGCUCUCCGUGUCUGAAGCAGAUGGUUUUCGGGGUGGUGACGGCCGUCGACCUGCUCAACUUUGUCACGGGUCGGGAAAGGAGAGAGCGAUCCAUGUCAGAGUCCACCGACGAGCUGAACUGAACUGAUCGCAACCACUUGUACAUUUCUCCGCUUGCACAACAAACGCCACUACAAGUUUGGUAGCUGCAGACUACACAUGGCAAAUAAUCUCGUAAAGGUUUUUAGUUGAGGUUUGUCUUUUAAAAUAACAAUAAAUCUGAUUCUUUUGUGUUUUUUAUUAACUUUAGUCUGAAGCUCUAAUAAGCUAAAUAUGUCUUUCCACUGUGUCAACUUGUUAUUGGGUUACUUAUGACUUAUUAUAUGUGAUUGUUGUGUUCAAAGCAAAUGUUUUAAAAUGUGUCUUCAUCAGAGUCUUGGAUGGAGACAUCUGUGUUGGGGAUUUAUUUGUCUUAAGUACAAGAUUGUUUCGCUGUUCCUUUUGUAUCAAUCAAACAUCAGAUAUAUAACUGAAUUGUGUAAAAGCCAAAUUAAUUUCAUUUAAAAGAAUAGACAAGUAGCUAGCUGCUGUAUAUAUAUAUGCACAUUAUCUUUCCAGUGCUGUUCAUGAUGUGUUGCCUUUUCAUUUGUGUUGUGCAAACACAAACGCUGUAAUGGGUGAUCGGAUUUCUUUAAAAUUAUGCAGUGUAUUUUCCAAAUUGUCCAGCAACCUGGGGUGUAAAGUUGCCUUAACAUUUAAUCCCAACUGUAUCUAAAACGUUUUGUAUUGCGUAAUUUUUCCUUUGAUUUUAAUAAAGUUUAAAGAAAUUA